AGUUGAAUGGAUACCAUUCAAUAAAUUAGAAAAUAUUAUUUAUUUAACUAAAGGUGGAUUCUCCGAAAUUUAUACUGCGGACUGGACUGAUGGAUGUUAUAAUGAAUGGGAUCCCAUAAAAAAAGAGUUAAAGAAAUUUGGAGUGCAAGAAGUAAUACUUAAAAAAUUAGAAAUUGCUGAAAGUGAUGAUAGAAAUUGGUUUGAAGAAAGUAAAUCUCAUUUAACGAUAAAUAAUAUCUAUUCGAAUGUCGUACCAUGCUAUGGAUUGACAAAAGACCCGAAUGGAAAUUAUAUGCUUGUAAUGAAUAAAAUGAAUAUGGAUUUAAGGACGUAUUUGCAAAAAAAUCAUAAUAAAAUUACAUGGCAAGAAAGGAUACAAAUUGUUUCGAAUAUAGUAUAUACACUAUUUCGAAUUCAUGAAAUUAAUGCAAUUCAUAGAGACUUACACUCGGGAAAUGUUUUGUACUACGAAGAUAAUCAAAGCUUUCAUGUUAGUGAUUUCGGAUUUUGUGGACCUGUUGAUAAGCCAUUGAAUAGUAUAUAUGGAAAUCUUCCUUAUAUAGCACCAGAAGUUAUCAUUGGAAGAGAAACAACUUUUGCUUCUGAUAUUUAUAGUAUCGGUAUGCUUAUGUGGGAAAUAUCAUCUGGACAACCACCGUUUAUUAAUUAUGAGCAUAAUUAUUUACUUGCAAUGAAUAUAAUAAACGGGAUGAGACCAAGAAUAAUUCCAGGAACUCCUUUAGUGUAUAAAGAAUUGAUGGAAAAAUGUUGGAAUGCUGAUCCAACAAAACGACCUGAUAUUAUAGAUAUCGAUAAUGAGGUUUAUAAAAUGAGGAAAUUAUUUCAUGAUGAUGAAUUAGGACAAUUAUAUGAUACGAAUAGAAUUUUCUUAUAUUCUAAUCAUUAUUAUGAUUCGAGUAGUAGAAUUUACGAAUUUAGAAAUCUUCCCGAACCAAAAAAUGCAACAGAAGAAGAACAAGAAGCAUUUCCAAGUAAGACUAUUAAUAGUUUCAACAUUGAUAAUUUGGACGAAUUAAAUAAUACGAGUAGCAAUGGAAAUAUCAAUUCAUGUAAGACUUUUAAUGCAGAUAUCACAACAAAUUCUGUUAAUUACUUUUUGUAGUUAGAUAUUUUUUUUUCUUAUUUGUAAUUUUGAAAAUUUUGAAUAAUUCUUUUCUUUUUUUUUACCAACUGCAACUGUAUUUAUAAACUGUAUUUAUAAACUGUAUUUAUCUGCUGUAUUAUAA